AUGUCGCCCCCUAUUCCAGCUGAGAUCGCUAAAGACCGAGACUGUCAAAUGUCUUCCCUCGAGGCCGACCCCAAAUACGACCUAGCCCUCCCUCCAGAGCUCAUCUCCCUCAUCUUCACCUUCUACGCGUCCUCCACAAUCCCUGGCAGCAAAGCUUUCACCGACCUCCUCUGCCUCAGCCGCGCUAUCCACGACGAGAAUAUCAAUAGGGCCUAUGAUAGGAUCACACUGACGGAAGACAAUGUGCUGGCGUUUUUCCGGCCUUGGAUCGCAUGGGCGGCAAAGGUAAAAAAGAGUGCCAGCUCGAAUGGUCGGUCCAUUAUGAGCCAAAUGCGUCUGGAUAACACCAUUAUCUAUCCGCGAGCAUGGAUGGGGUAUGCGGAGAACUUCGAUCGAAAAAGGUCUAUCACCUUUGCCGACACGCGUGCCCUUCUCGAGACAUGUCAAUUCAAGAAUGAAAACGGGUCGGGGCCGUUCGGAGUAUUUUCCUACCCUUCUGAAGAAGAGUUCAGAAAAUCACCUUUUUACCUGUUGAACAACCUCCACCACGUCGCCUUCCCAUCCUCUCUCUUCAUAUCAACAUCGACAUCACAGCUUUAUCAGAUAGCUUGGGAAAAGUAUAGGCGUUGGAAAAUGUAUGAGACUUCUUACGUCAGGGCUCAACAUGUCUGCAUUGAGUUGCCUCUGGGUCCUCUCCCCCAGGUGGCGUUCGAUGGACUGAACGACAUGCUCAAGAAUACCAUGGCCAAUCUCAAGAAGUUGACCGUGCAUAAUUGCUCAGUUACCUCUGAUCUUCCCUUGUUGGCCAUCGAUCCCAAAGUGAUCUUCGAGAUCUUCAUGAAGAGUCCCAGAGAUACUGGCAUGGAUGAAGCGCAUGUAGAAGCAAUAGAAAUCGCACAGCAGGAUGGACUCGUCGAUCGUAUUGUGGAUAUAUUCAGCUACAACGAGAACUUAUCCAGCUGUAUCGUCCAUCAUUUAGAGCCACACGGUCGCGAUUCUGUCUCCAACAUCAUCCAAGGUCUCGAAGGUGAAGGUCUGGACGAUGAUAUUCCGGGCCUGGUCAGGGACGAGAAGCUGUUGAUUUUCACCAACGAGGAUUGCGUAGCGCAUGAGGAGCUGGAGUGUAUGUGUGGGCUGAAAGUUUGUCGGUCGGAGGUACAGGUGAAGUGA